AUGACAUUACGAUUAGGAAAGCCUUGUAUACGAGAUGAAGAUUGUGUGGAAAUACGUCAUUCGAAAUGUUCAAUAGAAAAAAAGUGUAUUUGCAGGAAAAAUAAUAUUGAAGUAGAUGAAACAACCUGUGCACCAAUAUUAGGUGGAUUUUGUUGGAAAAAUGAGUUAUGCGCGACAAAUAAUUCUGUUUGCAUUGACAAUGAAUGUCAAUAUACACUGGGCUCACAUUGUGAAACCGACGAAAAUUGUAAACAAGUUAGGUUUGCGAGAUGCUCAGAGGAAAAAGUCUGUAAAUGUGCCUCAAAUACUUCAGCUGUGAAUUUGGCACAUUGUUCACCUGUUCUAGGCGGAUUUUGCUGGUCAACAGAUGAUUGUUUAACUCGUGAUUCUAUCUGUAUUAAUCACAAAUGUCAAUGCAAGCAGUUGUAUAUACGUGAAUCUGAUUAUCAAUGUAUAGAAGUUCAUUUGAACAUAUCGUGUACAACUGAUGACCAAUGUGAUAGUUUGUUCGCCAAUUCGAUAUGUUCUGAAACUAAACAGUGCAUUUGUAACAAAAAUUAUUUUGAAAAAAGUGGUACAGAAUGUGCAUUAAGUACUAACAAUCCGUGUUCGAGCAAUGGCUCAUGUGUAUUGAAGAAUUCUGUUUGUAUUGAUAAUAUUUGCCAAUGUAAGCCCUUGUUUGAGUUUAAAUAUUUUACCUGUGUUCCAAGAUAUUUUGAAAUAUCAUGUGAUAAAGAUGAUGAUUGUAAAGAUAUUAAGUAUGCAAUAUGUUCUGACGAUAAAAAAUGCGCUUGUAAAUCAAAUUAUGUUGCUCUCGGUGAUGAUCGAUGUAUAGCGCUUAUAAAUGAAUAUUGUGAUUCAGAUGAAGAAUGUAUUUCCUAUAAUACUAUUUGUAUUAAUAAUAAGUGCCAAUGUCCAGAGAGAUUUAUUAUGAGAACCAAAUACCGAUGUGAUCGUGUUUCACUUGGUGACACCUGUCAGAAGGAUUAUGAUUGUGAGGUAGCAAUAAAAAAAUCUGUAUGUUCAAAAGAUAAAAUAUGCGUUUGCCGUCAAAAUUUUUUUGCACUGAACGAAUUCGAAUGUGCAUCACCAUUACAUGAACAUUGUUUGAACAAUGAAGAAUGUCGUUUUAAUUCUUCUAUCUGUAUUGAAAAUAAAUGCCAAUGCGAUAAUAAUUUUCGAAAUCUUAAUAAUGAUAGACGAUUGUUUUUCUGCGUUUAUUGA